GUUGCACCAGGAGGGCAGGAACUCCUUUGGCUGGGUGCCCAGCUCAGGUGGGCCACGCACUGGGCCAGACAGGGAACUGGAGUGACCCACCUGACUUCUCUGGGUCUCAGCUCCUCCUCUGGAAAGUGGGGAGAUUAUUGUGACUUCCCAGGGUUGGGUGGGACUGGGAGGAUGGGUGAGGGGCUGGCAUAGAGCAGGUGCUUGGUUGGUGGCAGCCGCCAUGGAACGGUGGCACCUGCCCAGGCCAGGCUCAUCUGGUCUCACAGGGGCAGGCGAAGCCUCUCCAAGAUGGGGCCAGGGUGGGACCUGUGCCCUCCUCUGUCCGCAGCUGCCCUGGGCACGCUGGACUUCAGCCUGCUGUAUGACCAGGAGAACAACGCCCUCCACUGCACCAUCACCAAGGCCAAGGGCCUGAAGCCAAUGGACCACAAUGGGCUGGCAGACCCCUACGUCAAGCUGCACCUGCUGCCAGGAGCCAGUAAGGCAAAUAAGCUCAGAACAAAAACUCUCCGUAACACUCUGAACCCCACAUGGAACGAGACCCUCACUUACUACGGGAUCACAGAUGAAGACAUGAUCCGCAAGACCCUGCGGAUCUCUGUGUGUGACGAGGACAAAUUCCGGCACAAUGAGUUCAUCGGGGAGACACGUGUGCCCCUGAAGAAGCUGAAACCCAACCACACCAAGACCUUCAGCAUCUGCCUGGAGAAGCCGCUGCCGGUGGACAAGACCGAAGACAAGUCCCUGGAGGAGCGGGGCCGCAUCCUCAUCUCCCUCAAGUACAGCUCACAGAAGCAGGGCCUGCUGGUAGGCGUCGUGCAGUGCACCCACCUGGCCGCCAUGGACGCCAAUGGCUACUCGGACCCCUACGUGAAAACAUACCUGAGGCCAGAUGUGGACAAGAAAUCCAAACAUAAGACAGCGGUGAAGAAAAAAACCCUGAACCCGGAGUUUAAUGAGGAGUUCUGUUACGAAAUCAAGCAUGGGGACCUGGCCAAGAAGUCCCUGGAGGUCACCGUUUGGGAUUACGACAUUGGAAAAUCCAACGAUUUCAUUGAUAAGGGGGCAUAG